AGCGUCAGUGCACACAAUCUACAGUCCCCUCAAAGUCAAUGGCGGAAGAAUCUCCACUCGUCCUCGUCCACCGGCCACCGACAAUGAAAUACAUGGACGAGCCUCUGACUCGUUACUACCGGAUUCUCACCACCCACACCUCAUCAGACCCACUCCCGGUCUUCCUCUCCCGUCACGCCUCCUCCGUCAGAGCCGUCGUCAGCAUCGGCAGGUUCAAGAUCGACGCCGACUUCCUCUCCCGCCUCCCUUCUCUCCAGCUCAUCGUCUGCACCAGCGUCGGCACCGACCACGUCGACCUCCCCGAGUGCAACCGCCGCGGCAUCGCCGUCACAAACGCCGGCGGAGCUUACUCGGAAGACGUCGCGGAUUACGCCGUCGGUUUGCUGAUUAGCUUCCUCCGUCGCAUUCCGGCGGCUGAUCGUUACGUCAGGUCGGGUAAGUGGGCGAGAUGCGGAGAGUUCCAGCUUGGAAUCAAGUUAAGUGGGAAGCGAAUUGGGAUACUUGGACUAGGGAGCAUAGGGUCUCUCAUCGCUAAAAGACUCGAACCCUUUGGCUGCAUCAUCUCUUACAACUCGACACGUCAGAAACAGAGCAUCCCAUACCUUUACUACCCGGACGUUGUCUCCUUAGCAGCAAACAACGAUGUCAUCGUCCUCUGCUGCGCUCUGAAUGAUCAGACGCGCCACAUUGUGAACAGAGAAGUGAUGGAGGCUCUUGGGAAGAAGGGGAUUAUAAUCAAUGUGGGACGAGGAGGGCUGAUUGAUGAGAAGGAGAUGGUCAAGUGUCUGGUGGAAGGUGUGAUUGGUGGUGCUGGUUUAGAUGCGUUUGAGAAAGAACCGGGAGUUCCUGUGGAGUUGUUUGGUUUGGACAAUGUUGUCUUGUCUCCACAUUGUGCGAUAGCCACGCCAGGGUCUUUCGACAAUGUUGUGGAGCUUGCUUUAGCUAACUUGAAGGCGUUUUUCUCUAACCAACCUUUGAUUUCUCCGGUUCGGUUAAAUUGAGUUAUCGUCCGAUUUCAUCAAAGGGGGCUACUUAUAUCAAUCUAUUUUUAAAUAAAAAUUAUUGAACUACAUGAGAGAGAGAAAAAGGGAGAAAUUUAUUGUUCAUCAUCGACUCCUAUAUUAUAGGAGAGACACAGAGAAUAUCAAAAUCAA